CCGCCCGCCGCCCACCGCAACUCACCAUGGCCACCACGGGCCCCGAGCUCAUGUACUUGACCAGGCGGCCGUAGAAGGGGCGCCCGCGCAGCUCCGCGUAGUGCUCGCGCAGCAGCUCCUCGGAGGCCUGCGGGAAGGACGGCCGCCCGCGCUGCGCCCCGCGCCCUCGUCUCGGCCCCCGUACCACCCGCCCCGCACGCGCCCUGCUCCGGCCGCCCGCACCUGCACCAGCUUCAGCGCCACCAGCUUGAAGCCCUUCCUUUCGAAACGCCGCACGAUCUCGCCCACCAGCCGCCGCUGCACGCCGUCGGGCUUCACGGCCAGGAAGGUGCGCUCGUGCACCCCGCUGCAGGCUGCGGGACCUGGACGUCAGGUCAGCCCGGCAGCCCGCGCCCCGUCCGGUCCCGCGCCGCCCCCGCGCUUACCCGCCGGGAAGAGGUUAGCGAAGAUGGUCAGCACCAGGCAGAUCAUGGCGGCGGCUGGCCGGGCGGGCGGGGCGGGGCCUGCGCCUAAAGGGGCGCGCCGCACGCAGGGCCACCCCCUGCACACGCCCGAGGCGGCCGCCGCGGCCCCGGGGCCCCGGCACCUGCUCCGCAGCGCCCCACCACACGGCCCCGGCCCCGCGCGCACAGAAACCACAACACAGGCCACUAAGCGCGUUUAUUCCCAGUCACGGCAACGCGGCAGAGGCCGCUUGGAAGUGAGGCCCGCACGCUGCUCCCCGCUUUCGCUCAGCAGCCCGCCCGCAGGGCCCGACUCAGCCUCUGCUGCCCCACUUCUCCCCACCAACUGCAAGGCCGCGGGGCACGUCGCCUAGGCGGCCACACCCCAAGACGGUCACCGCGGGGAGCCCGCCGCCGGGCCGCGGGCACUGCGCAGGCCCUGCCCAGCUAGACUGCGGUUCCCCCGGCCCGCCCCUUGGCCUCCUGUUUUGCAGGGUAGUCCCAAGGAUCCGCACGAGUCCUCUCCAGGUUCAGCAGCGGCUCCUCCGCGCUGGUGUCCCCGCUUUUCCGUCGCUGAGCCAGGAUCAUGGCCCGGAGCAGAGGUGGGUAGGGCACGGGGCGCGGCCUGUCCUCCAUCCCAGGCGUGAAGGCGACGAAAGCCGCCUCCUCGUGCUUGGGCACCAGCCGCCAGUCGUGGUACAUGACGUGCUCGAUCUCCCGGGCCUCCGCCUCCGUCUUCCCUGCGGGAGGAAUGCGAGGCUGACUUCGCGCCGGCUGGACAGACGGCCACGCGCUCCUGCCCGCCGGUACCCUUACCUUUGAAGGUCAGGACGCCCCAGGCCUUCCCGUGGUCCAGGUUCUGCGAAGCAAGAAAGAGCGGGUCAGCUCGGGGAGCUGCUCGCCCAGCGCGGGGGAGGCGGGGGCCCCUGCCCCUCAGAGCUGGGGAUCUGAGCGAGGCCAGCGCCUUCCGGCAGCCGGCGGGCCGCGCGCACCUGCGCGGUGUAGUCCGGCCGCACGCGCGUGAGGCGCCAGUAGCAAGGCUCGUCGUGCUGCCACAGCCAGGACUUGCGCGUCACCAGGCGGCCCAGGCCGAAGAGCGGGAGGCGGGCGAGCAGCUGCAGGAGGCGGCUCUCGCGGCGCGCGUCGGCCCAGGCGCGCGCCGGCAGCCGGCGGCCCGAGUGCGGCCGGGUCAGGGUCUCGUAGUCCAGGGCGUAGAGCUGCGAGUCGCGCGGCCGCUCCCGCUGCUCGCGCAGGGCGCGCACGCGGCGGGCCAGCUCGGCGAUCAGCCGCGGCCGCACCUUCUUCCGCGCCAUCGUCGUGGCCGCGACCCCCGCCCCGCCGGAAGCCCGCGCAGUCAGAGCGGGCCCGCGCCGGAAGCGACCGGCGUCCCACCCAAAGGCUUCCGGACGCGGGCGGAAGCGGAUAGGAGGUCGGGCCAUGGCGGAGGCGGGGCCCCGGAGGGCCGCCCGCUCGCGCCGAGGCCUUCGGAGGCCCCAGACCUGGGAGGUCUCGGACUCCGACUCGGAGGACCGCAGCGCUGCCGAGGCCGGAGCAGGGGUUCGGGGCCCGGCGGGGCAGCGCAGGGCGGCGGCGUGGCGGCCCGAGCAGGCCCUGCGGCACCUGGUGCUGCGCGUGGACCUAGCCGUGCUGGAGGACACCGGUGCCGACGUUCUGAUGGAGGCUCUGGGCACCCUGGGCUGUGAAUGCCACAUCGAGCCGCAGCGCCCCGCACGCAGCCUACGGUGGAGCCGAGUGAGGCACGACCCCCCGCAGCGUGCCCCUGAGGUGUGGGCUGCAGAGGAGCAGGAACUACUGCUGCUGCUGCUGCUGGAGCCCGAGGAGUUUCUGCAGGGCACUGCUCAGCUGAAUCAGACAGCAGGCCUGCCCUGUUCAGUGCCCUGGAUCUCUCCUGAGAGCCCUACCCACCCCCACCUGGCUGUCAUCGGGCUGGAUGCCCACCUAUGGUCUUGCCAGCCCAGUGCCCAGGGGAUGCAGCAGUUGCAGAAUCCAGAGGUGGAGGAGGCCCUGGUGCUCCUCCAGCUCUACGCAGACCUGGAUGUGCUGCUGGUGGCCUCCUGGCAGGAGCUGAGUCAGCACGUGUGUGCCUACACCAAGGCUCUGGCCCAGCUCCCCUCUAAGCAGUGCUGGGACUCCCAGGCCUUUUCCUUCUGCACAGCAGGGCGCUGGGCUGCAGGCCAGCUGGUGGCCAGAGAUGGCUCUGGGCUGCGAGGGGUUUGGUGGAGACAGAUCAGGCAGUUUAACCGGGUCAGCUCUGCUGUGGCAGAUGCCAUUGUCACCGCCUUCCCCUCCCCCCGCCUUCUGCAGCAGGCACUUCUGGCCUGCAGCACAGAAGAGGAGCGUCUGGGUCUCCUAGCUGACCUCCCUGUGGAGGCCAGCAAAGGCAGACAGCCCCGCAGGGUGGGGCCUGACCUCUCCCGUCGCAUCUGCCUCUUCUUGACCACCACCAACCCUGACCUGCUGCUGGACCUGGGCUCCUGACCACUCGCAGGCCUCCUCUCCUGCCGACCAGCACCAUAGCACCAGCCCACAGGAAGACUGACCAGACCUCCUGGGAGGGGUAGGGGCACCCACCCUCACUCAGCCUGGGGUGGACUCCAUCCUGGGCCACUUAGACUUGAGCUUGGGGAAGUAGGGGGAGGACAGAUGCUCUGGGAUCGGCAGAGGAGCAGGGAGGCAGACAGAAGCCUGGGGAGGAUGGGGGUUUGUGUUCUCUCUGUCCUGAAUGCUCUGGCCACAGGACAGCCUGGCAAGACUGCCCAGCUGUGCAGUCAGGAGGACUGCUGGGCAGUGCCCAGAGGGUGGGGGUGGCUCCCUGAGGAGGAAGGCACAGAUACCGAGCAGCCCAGGACUGGUGGACUCUUUAAUCUCAGAGCUGUAAGACAUAAAUCCACAUUUGUCGCAGUCGUUGGGGUCUCUGUGACAGGAGUGGCAGCAGACGACAUGCAGAGCGAGCGACGAGCCAGGACCCAGGCACAGCAAGUGCCACUCCACCAGGCCCUGUCUCCCCAGGCAGCAGGCACCUGCCACCACAGGCUGGCCCAGCAGUGGCUGGCCACCAUUCCUGGGACAGCUGGAGGGCUGGUGUGGCUGCUCAUUUGAUGCCCACCCAGUGCAGCAAAGUGGACUCACAGUGGCCAGUGGCUCUGGCUUUAGAAGAGAUAGGGCAGCCCCACUCAGACCUUGGUCCAGCUCUUCCCUCCUGCUGCCAUGCACGGUGGCUGGAAGGAAGGGACAGAGUGGCCUUCCCAGUCUGAGGAAGCAGUUUUUGUUAGAAAAAUCAGGUCCGUCGGCAGCGCUUCCUUCGGCAGGGCCUGGCCUCUGGGCUGUGGGGAUUGGGUGGGGGCACCGGGGCCUUGCGACGGCUGCAGUUCAUGCUCAGGACCCAGCCCAACUUGUCACGUAGCACCUGCUUGAGGCCAGGUGGCAGGGGCAGGCCCUCGAGGGGUGUCCCCUGAAUCAGGGCGCAACUGGCGCAGGCGGGAGCAGCACAGGUACUGCAGGGAGGUGGCGCUGGCGCAGGCGCGAAUCACCUUCAUGCUGCUCCUGGCUGCCGUGGAGCACACCAUCGGGUAGAACCUCCUGUUCCUCAGCCGGGUGGCAGCCACUCCUGAAGGGGGGCACACUGAGCCUGGGCCUGUGGGGGGCCUAGGAGGUGCUGCACCAGGCCUGCUGCACAUCCACCAGGGUGGCCAGGGGACCAGGUCCUGCAGCUUCAGCCUCUCCUGUCCCACCCCCUGGGGACUGGGCACCUCAAGCCCAGGGCAGCCUGGCUCUGCCAAGACAGCUCUGGCAGCUGUGCCCUGCAGACACCUGCUGUUCAGGGUCAGCUGAGGGACCCUCACCUAUGCACUUCCUGUUCUUAAAGAAGGUCAGCGUCCCGUGCCAGGCAUCCAGGUGCACACCAAUGAUGGAGCCCUGGCCGAAGCGCGACGAGAAGCUGGUCUUGUCGCCCUUGUGGUGGAGGAGCCCUAGGGGCACCAGGCGAGGGUGAGCCCAGGAGCCCGGCGCUGUCCGCCCACCCCCCGGGGCACACCACACACACCCGUGUAGGAGAGGCCCCAGCUGUCCUCAUCCCUGCCAAGCAGGCUGCAGAACGUGUGGUGGUACUUGUCCAGGUCCACGUCGGACGUCCCAAUGCCCACCAUCUGCCAAAGUGGGCUGGGAAGAGUGUGCCUAGGGCAGGAGCCUAUGGCACAGCCCCAGACCAGUGACCACUUACCAUGUCGGUGCCAUAGACAGGCGAGGUCAUCUUGAUCUCCCAGAAGUGCUGGCCGUCCCCCAGCUCCUUGGUGCCCCGGAUGGCUGCAGUGCCACAGCUGUACUCCAUGUGGAAGCUGACCUUGCGGUUGUCGCAGCUCAGCAGGGCAGCUGAGGACUUGUUCAGGUCGUCCCAGACCCAGUCGAAGCCUGUUGAGAUAGCGCCAGCUCACCCCUGCACCUCCCGGGGGCCCCCCCCCACGCGGGCGCUCACACUCAUCUUCCUCCCCGCAGCGGCAGUCCUUGCCACCGUGUGUCGUGUGCGGGCUGCUGCAGAAGGUGGCCUCGCUCUGGCCCUCACAGUCACAGAAGGACUCCCCCGUCACGGGCACAGCACUGGGGAUGGACGGUGGCAGGGAUGAGGACUCAGGGUCAGAAUCAGAGUCACUGUGCUGGA